CUACUUCACAGGGGCGAAUAUAGCUCCUCAGAUACUUGAAUCUCUGGACGACUUCUAGCUGAUACCCAGAAUGGUCAGUGCAAUGGCAGGUCACUGCAAAUCAUACAGGACCUUGCACUUCCAGGCCGUAGCAUAACCUUAAACGGUUGACAGCCAAUUCUAAUGCAUUCAGUGUCAUUUCGCACGUUGAGGAGCUCUCACAUAUUAGGGCAAUGUGGUAGGCGUACUAUAGUACACAAUGAACCUCUCCUUGAAGUGCUGGCCGCCGCAGAGGAGAAUUAACGGUGCCUUAGCUGCUGCAUCGAGCAGGAUGGAUAGGGACUUGGAUGCCACUUCUCAAGCCCUCCCGACAUUUUCACCCUUAUCCUCCAGAUCCAACUACGUUUUAAACCACCCAAUACUUGACCGUCCCCAACCUUCCUUUGAUAGCAAUCAAUCUUCUGGUUUCAACUUACAUGCCAACGCGGAACGCCACGCCUGUCCGUCUACAACUCCAGCUUUUUGGCUUCCAUUUGGAGCCCUCGAUCCUCCCUCAGAUUUGCAUGCCACAACGUACGCACGUUGUUACAGAUCGGACAACAGGCAGUACUUGCAUGGACAUUAGAGACCCGCUGCAUGGAU